AUGGAAGAAGAGGCAACCAUUGCUGUUGUAGGCAUUGGUUGCAUGUUUCCAGGAGCUGAAAACAUAGAUGAGUUCUGGAAGAUUCUUUGCAAUGGAGAAGACCACGUUCAAGAUAUACCACCAGAAAGGUUUAAUGUUGAUGCUUUUUAUGACCCGGAUCCAGAUAACCCAAGGAAGACCUAUGUUAGGAAAGCUGGACUCGUAAAAAGCUAUGAUGAAUGGGACAACAAAUUUUUUGGGAUCAGCGACCUGGAGGCUGAAAUCGUCGAUCCACAACAACAUUUUGUUUUGGAAACUGUGCAUAUGGCUCUCGAAGACGGCGGUUUUACGCAAGAAAAACUGGAUAGUUCCGAUACCGGUGUUUAUAUAGGAGCUCUAAAUCGUGAUUGGGGCAGUUUAUUACGGAUAUCGCAUGAAAGGAGCAGGAAUACCACAGUUACAAGUGUUGACAACAGUAUUCUAUCUGCAAGAGUUGCUUACUUCUACAACCUUUUAGGACCUGCCAUGACGAUAAACACAGCAUGUUCUUCGUCAAUGGUUGCCAUUGAUACAGCAUCGCAGGCAUUGAAAAAUGGUAAAAUAUCAACUGCUAUCUGCGGUGGAGUCAAUGUCAUCCUAGAUCCAGAUACUUUCAUCAACCUAUCUUGCGCACGAAUGGCGUCGCCAACAGGAAAAUGUCAUACCUUCUCGAGCAAAGCAGAUGGAUAUGCCCGUGGAGAAGGAUGUGGCGUUGUUGUGUUGAAAAGACUUGCAGAUGCAAUCCACGACAAAAACAAAAUAUGGGGGACAAUCCAUACAAUGCUUAACCAGGAUGGUCAUAUGAGUACGCCAAUCACAUCCCCUUCUGGUAAACAGCAAGAACAUUUGUUGGAAAAAAUUUUCAAGGAAAGCAAGACUUCACCGUCCUCCGUACAAUAUAUAGAAGCACAUGGGACAGGGACACCAGUUGGCGAUUACAUUGAAGUAAGCUCUCUAGGAUCUUUCUUUUCAAAAUAUUGUGAAGAAGAAAUACCGAUAGGUUCGGUAAAAACCAAUAUUGGUCAUUUAGAGGCAGGUGCCGGAAUGGCUUCUUUAAUCAAAGUACUUCUGAUGAUGAAAUACGGGCAUUUUGUUCCUUCCCUUCAUGCUGAAACAUUAAAUCCCAAAAUUCCUUUUAGUGCUUGUAAAAUGAAAGUUAGUCGCAGUCUUCAGAAGUGGCCAGCAAAUUCUGAGGGGAAGAGGAUAGCUUCAAUAAACUGUUUUGGCUUUGGUGGAACUAACUCACACGCUAUUGUGAGAAAUUAUGAGGAAACUGGUAGCUCUUCUGUUCAAUUACAGUAUAUGGAAAGCUGCCUUAAUAUGGCAUUUUAUGUUCUCUUAUCAGCCAAGGAUUUGAGUGCAUUAUAUGAUACAGCCAAGCAUUUACUUGAGUUUCUUCUUGAUGAUAUGGAUACAAUCUCGCUUAUUGAUCUUUCAAGCACAACAGUUCAUUUCAGGAGUCACUAUAGAUUUCGAAAAGUGUUUGUUGUUGAAAACACUUCAAAAUUAAUUUCAGAAAUCGACGAAUUUGUGCAUAAAAAGUUACCCAUACCAGGAGCUCUCAAAGAAAGACCUAAAAUAAUAUUUGUGUAUUGUGGUGUUGGUACAACCUGGGUAAAAAUGUGUAAACAGCUCAUCACUCAAGAUAAAGUCUUUGAAAAAACCAUUAUAGAAAUUGAUAAGCAUCUGAGUUCUUUCACAGACAUUUCUGUUCGUACGAUUUUUGAAACAGAAGAAGAUAUUUCAGAUCCUCUGAAAAAUCAUCUGUCAAUCUUUGCUUGUCAAGUUGGUCUAACAGCGAUGUGGGAACAUUUGGGUGUCAAUCCAACUGCUAUAAUUGGCCAAUCUGUUGGGGAAGUUGCAGGUGCGUAUGCAAGUGGAAAUCUUACCCUGAAAAACGCUGUUAGAGUGAUUUAUUUUCGGUCCCUUAAUUUGGCAAGUGAAACCUUCGGGAAAAUGGUUCUUAUUCAACAUUGCCCUGUUGAAGUAAUUGAGGAAACUUGCGAGAAUCUUGUGGCCGGAAAAGCUAAUGUUGCAGUUUAUCACAGCAGUGUUUCCUGUGCAGUCUCGGGUGACAAAGAGGCUAUUGAAGAAUUAAAACUUAAACUUGCUGAUAAAUCAGCAAAAAUAACUCAUUUGAAUGUAAAAUGUGCAUAUCAUAGUCAUUUGACAAAAAAUGCAAGUAAAAGGUUGGAGCAAAUUCUAUCAGGCAUCGAGAAAAAAAUUCCAAGGACAACCGUUAUUUCAACGGUCACUGGCCAAAUAGCUGAUGAAAAUUUUGGAUCAAAUUCUUAUUGGGCUGACAAUGUAUUUAAACCCGUGCGAUUUCAACACGCUUUAGAGGAAGCAAAACGAAGAGCCCCUAAUUCAAUUUUUCUUGAAAUUGGCCCGAGUCCGGUUCUAAGAGCUCACCUAUCAAGCAUAUUUCCCGAUUCCGUAGAAGAAGCUCUGCCUUCAAUGAAACGAGAUAAAGAGAUCGAUGUUUUUCGAGAAACUUUCAUCAACCUCUUUGGAAAAGGAAUCCCAGUUUCAUGGGAAAAGAUUGUUCCAAUGCAGAAAUUUCUUUCGUGUCCAAAAUACCAAUUCAGUAAACGGAAGUAUCUCGUAAAGUCAGAAAAAAUCAAAAGCAUACUAAAUGGAGAUACAGAGGACGAAAGCACAUUGCUUACCAGAACUAGAAUUGGAAAUAAUGAGCAAUUUACGAUCACUUUAAGUCGAAAGAAUACGCCAUUUAUCUAUGACCAUACUUUAGAUGGGAACAUAGUUGUACCGGCUGCAAUGUACGGGGACGUUGCUUUAGAAAUAGGAACAAUGCUUUUGCAAAGCAGAGGAGUGACGGAAAUGGACAUUUCCUGGGAUAUCCAUAGAACACUCUUAGUCAAAGAUACAGAACAAAACAUUGUAGUAAAAGCACUUGAAAAAGAGAAGACUAUUUAUUUCGAAGCAAUUUCAUCAGAAAGCCAGUCAGUAUUAUCCUCUGGUACGAUAAAGCAGUCCACUACUUCAGGAAUUACCACACUGAACAUAGAAAGGCUCAUUUCUUUAUUACAUAACGAAAAAGAAACAACCAAUGUUUACCCAACAUUGCGAAGUCUGGGAUUUCAUCAUGGCGCAUUGUACCAAACGAUAAAGAAGUGUGUUUGUCGCGGAGUUGAAUGCAUCAGUGAAAUAAAUCUGUCUGAUGAAGUAAUGACAAAUUUAAAUAGGGCUUUCUUUCAUCCUAUCAUUAUAGACAGCAUGUUUCAGUCUUGCUGUGGGAUUCACUUUCAAAAGAAAGACAAAGUGAAGGCAAGAACUCUUCCUAGUCGUGUGUCCCGUCUGACUGUAAAGCAAAAACCAUGCGCACGUAUGAUAUGCUAUACAGUUCUUGUCUACGAAAAUUCAGUAACUGCAACCUUCAACAUUCUACUUUUGCAUACAAAUGGAAGCAUUAUUGCCAAAAUAUCAAAUUAUGAAGUCACCAAAGUUGCUUUGGAAAGCGACAUUUUUUCUCUCUCCUACAGCGAAACUUGGAAUGCUAUAACUUUGCCUCAGUUAAGAGAUUUGGACAGAAAAAAACUUUAUUUACUUUCUUGGAACAAAGAAUAUCUUUCACUUCUGGAAAAUGCCUUUUCAAAAAGAUUUAGGACUUCAGAGGUUCGUUGCCUUGCUUUGUCAGACAACUUUGAACAUCAAUUGUCUGUUUUCCUUGAAGAGGAAGUUGACACGCAGCAAUUUGAUAUAAUAUAUAUUCCGGGAUUACCUGAAAUAAAAACACAAACAACGGGAGAUGAACUAAUGAACUCAGUAAAACAAACAGCCCAUUGUUUUCUCGAACUUGUAAAGAUACUUUACAACAACAAGGUACACAUUCUAGUCAUAACAAAUAAAACACAGGCUUGUCAAUCUAUCAAAACAGGGAUUAUCGGUGCUGAAUUAUGGGGAAUGGUUCGGUCUGUAUCGCAGGAGGGAACACAGCUUUCUUUUACUCUACUGGAUAUAGAGGAUCUAACUGAGCAAUCAAUGGACUACAUCAUCAGAAUUAUAACAGAAAUGGAUCCUGGAAAUACUUUUGCUCCUUCUGACUAUGCUGUACGCCAAAACAUCAUUUACAAGAAUGAAUUAAAGAGGAUGUCUGAUGAAUUUCAUUCAACGGUGUAUAAAUCAACUUUCCCAAAGGAGACGGACAAGGUGUGCUUUAGAUAUCACGGCGAUAAAUCUGAGCUAUCUUAUUUCGCAAUACCUUGUGAUGAAGAUUCUGUCGAUCUUGAGUUUUGUUGCAUCAAACCAAAGCAAGCUCUUCCGUGCAUACAUGAUACUUUUUUUAUUCAGGAUAAUUUAACUCCUGAGCGUUACUGUUCGGAAAACAAAAUCAAAGGUUUUGGAAUAACAGUUUGUGAAGUUGUUGGUACAGCAGAAGUUGAUGGCAGAGAACUAGAAGUUAUAGCAUUUGGGCAGAUGGAAUUAAGAUCGGAAAUCAGGGUGGACAAAAGAUGCGUUUUCCAAAAAUCAGAACUAACUGGAUAUAGUCUAGGCAGCUUGCACGCAGCUAUAAUUGCAAUAGCCAUUGCAGAUUUAGUGAAACACAAAUCAGAUGUGUUUAUUGAUUUUAGUGAAAAAUAUUCCUUGAUUUAUCAUUUUCUGUUUUCUGCUCUAUUGGAAAAGAAAUGUGUUAUAUCAAGUUGCGAGACUGCAUACUCCAAGAAAACUCAAAAUAUUAAAGCAGUUCAGUUAGUUGUGUUGUCUGAAGAGGGUUAUGAUGAUCCUCACAUGUUCCGUGUUCUUUUUCCAAGUGUACGAACAUGCAUUUCCUUAAAAGGCGCAAUGCCAAGUUCUUUCAUAGAUCAAACUUUAUGCAACUUUCAUGUUAUUAAUGUUGUUGAUUUAUUUCGUUCAAAUUGUAUGGAAGUUACGUCACUAAGGGAGAGAUUAUUGACAACACUAAGAUGCAAUAAAAAGAUAGACAGUCCAACUCCUAGCCUCUUAGACAUCGAUAAACUCUCAGAUAAGAUGGAGUUAAGAAUACCAGACGAAUUUCUCAUUCGAACGGACUCUGCUUAUAUCGUAGUUGGAGGGUUGACUGGGUUGGGAUGGUUAAUAGUCAAGUAUCUAUGUAGAAGAGGAGCCAAAAUGAUAGUGUCACUUUCAAGACGUUCGCUCUCUAGUGAAAAUAAAAAACGUAUUCAAAACAUAAAGUUUCUCCAUGGAGUUAGUGUGGUGCAUAGAGAAGUCGACUUAAAUGAGCUGGAGCAUCUUAAACAAGUGAUGUACACCAUCCAACAACAAAUGCCUAAUAUUCCUAUUCGGGGAGUGUUUCAGGGAGCUGCAGAGUUGAAAGACCAAACAGUUUUAAAAAUGACGGUUGAAACUUUUGAUAUACCUCUUAUGGUUAAAAUAAAAGGAACCUGGAACCUUCAUCUUGCCACUAAAGAAAUGAAUCUUGAUUUCUUUGUUUUGCACUCUAGUGUUGCAUCCACAUUCGGAAGCCACUCACAAUCCAAUUAUGCUGCAGCAAAUGCAUUCCUCGACAGCUUUUCUCACUACCGCAGAUCUUUAGGACUUCCAGCGCAGGUGAUAAAUUGGGGUGCAUUAGACGUUGGUUUGGGAUCUGAUCCUAGUUUAAAGGAUUUCUUUCUUCACAAAGGAAUUAAUUUGAUGUCUGUUAGCCAAAUAUACAGUGUUUUAACACAAAUGCUUUUGUCAGAUCAUACACAAGGCAUUUUUGUUGAUUUUGACUUAAAAAAAUUUCUCACAGCUAGUAGCAAAAGGUGGGAAAAGUCAAAGUUUACUAAUCUAAUAUCUUUUGCUGAUAGAUCGAUUUUCGAGGAGAAUGAUGAUGAAAAGAGCAGCUAUGAAUCGAUUCAAAAUUUUGUAGAUCUUGUGAAAAAAACUUCGUCUCAAAUUCUAAUGGUUGAAAUUUCAGAAAUUGCUGACACGCAUUCAUUAACUCGAUUUGGAUUGGAUUCUCAGAACGCAGUCGAGAUCACAAACAUAAUAUUUUCCGAAACAAAAGUCAGAAUUCCAAUUGUACUGAUAUUGUCAGGGGAAUUAUCGGUAUUAGAAAUUGCCAAAUUUUUGAGAGAAAAGGAAAUGUUGAGCAGAGAAUCCAGUGACUUAUCGGGAGAGAAUCAAUCCUUAUCUAAGACAAUGUCAGUCGUAGAAAAGCAGCUAAAAAGUGUCCAUGACAUUCAUAAGGAAUUGUCAUUUGUUGCGACGUAUGCCAUAUCCAACUCACGAAAUCAACCAAACUUUUGGGAAAAGGUGUUCCAAAUUUUUUUUAGAAUGAAUCCUAACUUAAGAGUACAAAGUACUGAAAAUUACUUGUGCUUGCAAGAUUCAAACAAUACAGUGGAUUGUGAAGACUUUACUUUUCCAUUCGAGUUUGUGAAAACGAGAAGUGUAUCUGGCUCUUUAUUACAGAAUGUUGAAGUUUUAGUAUCUAUGAUAUAUGAAGAUAUAGACAAUAAACCACAACUUCACAUAAAUUGCAACAGAGUGGGACUGGAUGUCUUUUGUGCAAAAAUUAUCCAGAAUGACCUACAAAGGAUUGUAUCGCAUGUUCUUGCAUCACAACCCGUCCCACCUUGGUUUGAUAAACCGCACAUUGACAUUGUAAACGUGUAUGCAAACAAAUUGCAUGAAAUUGCUGAAAAGUCAAGAACAUUUUGGAAAAACCAUCUUAGAUUGUGCAGCACAUCAGACAGUUGUAUAUCUUACACAAAUGGCUUUGAAUUAGAAAAUACAAAAAAAGAAAUCGAAAUUCCGAAAGCUCUUAUCGAAUUUGCAAAAAAACAUGAUUUAUCCAUGUUUAUCAUUGUAUGCAGUGCCUUUCAGAUAGUAUUGAACAAAUUAACUAAUGCCGGACGAGUUUCUUUAUUAACAGAGAUUGAUUUGCGCUCAGAGCUUCCGGAAUGUCAAGAUGUGAUUUUACCAUGUGCUAAUUUGAUUCCCCUUGCAUCCCCCAGUUUUGAGGAUUCUUUUGCUAGAGUCUGUGAUAUGCUAGUGGAAAAUAAAGCCGUUGUCAAUCAGUGUAUGAAUCAUUGUCUGUUCCCUUUUGUUGAAAUCAAGGAUCUUAUGGAAUUUGAUCGGAAAACCCACAUGAAGCAUUAUUUCCUUUUUGACUCGUUGGAAAAUGUUAAUAAUCAGUGCAUACAACUAAAGUCACUGGAAGUGAAUACAAAUAUGGAUUAUGAAACUGGUCUCUAUGCAAAGCACAAUUUGGCACAAAAUACAUUAGAAUUAGAGUUUCAGUUUUGCUCUGGAUUUGUUUCUAGCGUUAACACUCCCAGUGUUGUUAAUUUUGUGUCGGAUUUCAUCCAAACACUUCCAGAAAAAUAUUACCAAACUUUACACCAGCUAAAGCUUCCAACAUGGUCGGAAAAAAGCCCAGCUUUGUUUCCAAAAGGAAACAUUUUAUUUAUCAAGAAUGAUGGGAAAAAAGAGCAAGUUUUCUUGGAAUUAUCCGAGCACCCACCAAAUCUUACAUGGGGUUCAGAGCUGGACAAACAAAUAGGAUUAUCAGAUAUUGAUGAGUUCCAUAUUUUCCAUGUUGAUGGACAUUCUUGCCUGCGGUUGCAACUUAAUGGAGGGAGGAAGGAUGUGAACUUGGAGGAGUCAGAUAACCAAUCAUUCCAGACAUUGGUUUCUUUCUUAAAAAGUCAACUGUUGUCCGAUGAAACAAAAUGAAAUGAUGAUUAGAAGGCACACACUUAGGCCUGUAUAGAAAAAGAAGGAAAUCCUUCAGUGGGUUUUGAAUUCAUUAAGAAUACAGUCGAAUCCCGAAUAUGUGAGACUUUUCAAAAAGCUGAGAUUCCCAAGUUGAAACCUUAUGAUUAGACCAAGACCACAAAUUAACAUGUACCUCCAUGUGUCCGUAAUAUUUGACAUAUCGGCAAUCGCGAUUCUGAUAUAGAUCUUCUUUGAUAUUGGAUAUUUAAACUAAAAUACUCUGAAUAACUGUGUAUAUUUUUAUCCCCUAUAAGAUUUCUUUAUUUUAUUUUUGUUGUUGUUGUUUUAUUUUUAAUCUUUAUAUUUAUCUCCUUGAAACAUCCUGUUAUAAUUAACAGGGAAAAUUAACGUAGUGUGUUUACUUCUGUUUGAUAUUCUUUAUGAAUAUUUUUAUUUGUAAUAAGUAUCCUGACACAAAUUGUUAUAAAAAUUAUUAUACGACAUUCUGCAUUGCUGAUGUGGUGCAUUUUUAUGUGUGUACUCGGUAAAAGAUAUAUUUUGGAUUCAAAUGUUUUUGGAUUCGGAGUCGUAUAUAUGGUCUGUCCAGCUGUCUGUUUAUCUGUUUGUAAGCAAAUCUUUAAGUUUGCCCAUAUCUUUAAAUGGUUGGUUUAAGGGCUUCCAUAUUUCACAUGUGUAUUCCUUGUGACAAAGCCUUUUUUGGAACUAUCAUUUUUGACCUCAUGGCCUUGACCCUGAGUUUUCAGAUGAUAACUUUAGUUCUCUGUAAGCUUUUGCAAUGAAACUUAAGGUCAUGCUUUUUUUAACAUAAGAAAUACCCCUUUGAACGGUCAUUGUUGACCUUUUUAUUCUCUGCAUAUUUUUCCUGUUUUUCCACCCUUUUUUCCUUAAGGGGGGGAGGGGGCACCAAUUCUUUGAAUUAGCUUGUUUACCUCAUGAUCAUGACCUUUGAGUUUGACAUACUUUUGAAAACCUUAAACCUUGGCUAUGAGCUAACAUACGGGGGCAUCACUGUUUCACAAACAUAUCUUGUAGUCUUCAAUAAAAUCUGAAACCACACUUUUUAUGAGAUAUGGUACUUUCAGUUAGAUAAAAUAUUAGCCACCCGUCAUCCAACAUUAAAAUCGAUGUAAGAGCUUGAGAUCACCGUUUCAGAAGUAGAAAAAAUAAGCACUGAUUUCUGAUGUCACAAAAGUAUAGUCGUACAGCGUAUUUCAUCUAUAAUUCCUUCGAAUGGCAAAAAUUCUAAUAAAUAAAAACAUGACAUCUUAGUUUAAGAACAGACUCGUGCAAUAAGUAAUAUCUUGAUUUUGGUGUAAAAUGUUUUUUUACAUAUACAUCUUUAAAAAUUACAGAAUUAUGGGCCAUAUCAUUUUUAAUCUUAAAUUUGUUUAUGUUUAAAAUGAUGUGUUAUAGUUUUAAGAUAUCCAGUGCAAUAAAAGCA